GUUGCCCCGCCCCUCAGGAGCUUUGCAGCAGCGGGACGAAUGACGGCUCCGUCAGAGGAAGUUACUGGAGGGUGCAGCUGUGCUAGCAUGUAACCUUACACGAGUAGGCAGCGUUAUCAUCGCACAGGGAAGGAAGGCAGUAGCAUUCAUGGAUAUUGUGGACACCUUUAACCAUUUAAUACCCAGUGACCAGUUGGACGAGUCCCUGUUAGCAGGUCAGAAUUUGGAAUGUGAAGCCAGUCACGCGUUUGGAGCUGGACCCGUUCUGGAGGAUUCGUUGAAAAACAUGCUCAGUGACAAAGACCCUAUGUUUGGAUGUGCAAGUGCUCAGUUUAAUCUCUUGGACAACGAAGAUCCUGCUUUUCACAUCGCUGGCUCGGCAAGUCCUCAAAACGCUUCAGCAUCUGGAAACUUCAACCGUCAUCUGAAUGUUACAAAUACACCACAAGUUAAAGGACCCAAGAGAAGGAAACAUCCAAACAGCUUAGAGAACAAUUAUGGUGACAAACAUAGAAUGCCGACCAACAGUUUGAUCAGAGGACGACCUGGAAGGAAACUGGCUAACAGACUAAGCAAGGGCUUUCUAAUAGAGAAAGGAGUUACAGGCCCUCAGCUGAAGAGGGAGUUGGUUCUGGGAGGUCGUAUUAACAUCAACAAUAUCAGUGGCGGACUGUGGCUCAAACCUACGGUUGUGUUGAGGCGACUGACCGUCACAAUUGGAGGGUUUAAGAUCGAGUUGCUUCCUGGACCUUCUUAUAUGCAAAGCGGGGAGACAAACCAGGCGGUAUGCUUCGAUGAUGGUUUUUCUUACGGGGGCGACAUCGGUUUAGGUGUCUUGCCCGAAGAGGCUGUCAGCAUACAGAAUCCCGGACCAGAGAACGUGGCAGAGAUGGAUGUAACUGAAAAAAGCUCCAUGGAUGAUGCAAAUCUUGGGCUGGGCCCAUACGUGAACCCCAAUGAUGUUCAGACCACCAAUGGGACUUUAAAAGAGGCCCCCUGCACACAAGAGACAAAAUGUCACGAUCAGAAUGUUCUGGGAAAGAACCCGGUCAGUAAGGGAAAAGACUCUGUGAAACCGACACAGAGUGGUGACAAUGACACGGCUGCUGCUGCUGCGGAUAAGACUGAUAAGGAAAAGCAACAAGCUGGAGCCAAAACACUUCCCAAGUCCAAACAAGGACCGUCGCCGGGCAGGAACAAGGACUUGGUUUCGUGUAAAACGAGCCACGUAGAUAAGGAGCAUAAAGGACCCCAAAACAAGCCGUCCAAAACGAUGCAAAGAGGAGACGCACACAAAACGAAACCUCUGAAGGAUAAACAACCUGUUUCACCACUGAAAAGACACGCCGAAAUCACCCAAAGCCCCCCUGUUGCUAAGGUGCAAAAGAUACACGGGCCAGGGGAUGAUAAAUUCAAGCCAAAGUCACCGACCUCUGCAACGAAGAAGCACCCGCUCUCUGGCAUUCACACCGGUGAUCAGCAGGGACCAGUCAAACAACGGAAUCCCCACCACAGCACCAAACCCGAGCCUGACCAGCACCAGGCCAACAGUCAUCCAGGCAAUUCCUUAAAACACCCCCAGGAGGGCGGGCAGGAGAAGUUGAAACUGAAAAAGCUGGAAAAGAUUCUCUCGAAACAUAAAAGUAAAAAUGUAAGGAGCAUCUCUGUGGACGAGCCACAGCUGUUUAUCCCAGAUAACGCUCCCUCCGUGAAGAAGGAAGCUGCUGAGGAGCAACCGACCAACACUGAUGGUGUUUGGGAUGGAAACAACUGCUGUGGUCUGUGUAAAAAACACCACAAUAAUACCUUCAUGGUUGGAUGUGGUCGCUGUGAAGACUGGUUCCACGGGGACUGUGUUGGUCUCGAUUUGGCCAAGGUGCGUGAAAUGGAGGAGGAGGACCAGAUGUAUGUGUGCUUAAAGUGUUGUGAAGAAGAAAGCAAGAAGGUGGAGCCCAAGCCCCCUUCUGUAGUCAAACCAGACAUUCAACUAAAGACUGAGGAGCCGGAUCAUAAGCUGUCUCCAAAGCCCCGUCCAGGAUGCUCUCAGGUUCUCACAUCAGGGGGAGUCAGACCACUAAGGAAGGAUCCAGAAAGGACGCCGUCCACAGAUGUGAAAGAAGGAACUCAUAAAACAGGUGUUCAGUCCAAACAUGAGACAAAAAGUAAGACUCCGUCCAGGACCUCAAAGAAACCGGUCUCUGUGGAUGCCAUCAGACGAAGCGUGCGCGAUUCUCUGAAAGAGAUUCUCACACAGAGGUUGAAGGAUUCCAACUUAAACAUCUCAGUGGAGAGGGCGUCAGAAGUGGCCAAGAGGACUGAAAAAGAGCUGUUUCAUCUUUAUAAAGACACCGAUCACAAAUACAAGAACAAGUACAGAAGCCUGAUGUUUAACCUUAAAGAUACAAAAAAUAAUGUCCUCUUUAAGCGGGUUCUCAGAGGGGAGAUCUCUCCUGGUAACCUGAUUCGCAUGAGUCCCGAGGAACUGGCCUCGAAAGAGCUGGCGGCCUGGCGACAGAGAGAGAACAGACAUACAAUUGAGAUGAUCGAGAAAGAGCAAAGGGAGGUAGAGAGGCGGCCCAUCACAAAGAUCACCCAUAAAGGUGAAAUCGAAAUAGAGAGCCAGGAGCCCAUGAAAGCAGCAGAGUCCACAGAGAUUGAGCCUCUUCCCAAAGUUACUGAAGUCCCACCAGAACCUCCCCAAGUCCCAGAGAAGAAAGCAGAAAACACCAAGACGGAGAAGGACACCACAGCUCAACACAAAUCCCAUCUAUUUGAUCUACACUGUAAAAUCUGCACAGGUCGUAUGGCUCCCCCGGUGGAAGAGGCACAAACCAAAGUGGCGAAAGUUGCAACCACAGUGGUUCGAAGACAGUCGACCAAAUCGGAAGACUCGAAGAGCUCGACGCCGCCUCCGGUGGAAGACGAUCUGCACCUCGCGGUUUUAGAGGAGAGUUUCCAAAGUGCCAAGACGGGAUAUGAAGCAAAGUCGGAGCGCGCUCCUGGGCGAGAGGAAGAAACGGUUUUCCUUUCCAGCCUGAAGUCUUUGUGGCGGGGAUUCAUCCACAUGCACGCCGUGGCAAAACUUGUGACGAAAGCGUUUCCGGUCUCGGGCAUUCUGGAUAACUUAACUGAGGACCUACCCGACAGCAUCCAGGUUGGUGGGAGGAUAAGUCCUCAGACAGUUUGGGAUUACCUGGAGAAGAUCCGAGCAACUGGAACCAAAGAGGUGUGCCUGGUUCGCUUUGCCCCCGAGACAGAGGAAGAUGAAAUCUCCUACACUCUUCUUUAUGCCUACUUCAGCAGUCGUAGACGUUUCGGGGUGGUGUCCAAUAACCUUAAACAAGUGAAGGAUAUGUAUCUUAUCCCCCUGGGAGCUACAGAAAAAGUUCCUCAUCAGCUGGUUCCCUUUGAUGGACCAGGGUUAGAAAACAACCGCGCCAACCUUCUGCUUGGACUCAUCAUUCGCCAGAGACCUAAAAGAGAUUUUCUUCCUGUAGACGUGAAUGAAUCUGCAAGGAUCGUUCCUGAAAUCAAGCCCAUCACCGUUCCUCCCAAAGUUAUCCGAACAACCGAGGAGGAUGAGAAAUUAUUCCUGUCUUCUCUCACCGCAUCGCUGAAAAAAGAGGUGGAGAAGCCGCUCGACACUGCUCAAGAGGAGCCUGUGAAGUCUUUAGAAGAACCAACUACAACAGAGGAGCUUAGUAGUCAGGAAUCACAAAAGCCGCUUCGCUUUCUUCCAGGUGUGCUGGUGGGCUGGGGCGGAGAACUUCCUCCUCUGCCAGUUUUCAACGAUAAGCCACUGAGAACUGGGCAGAACACCCCUGAGACCCAGCCUGCUCCCAAAACAGAUGCAUCAACUGGUAACUCUAAAAGUACGACAGCAGCUUCUCCCCGCUUUGUCAUCAAAAAGAAGGAAGGAAAACCAGCUAAAGCAGAAUCGGAGCUAUCGAGCCCAGACAAGGCAUCUGCUUCGAACAGCUCAUCGGCUAAAGAGGCCGCAGCACCGGCCCCUCAUGCAUCAGUCACUCUAAAAGAUAAACCUCCAGACGUAUCAACGGGUGAAUUCCUGGCUAGCUUAGCAGCAGCUCCAAGUGGUCCUGAAACAGAAAAAAGCCCAAGUGAAGGGGUCUCUCCAUCACAGUCCCAGGCUGCUUUAGAUGACACAAAUAGCUCAAAACCUGCUUUGAGUGGAAUACUGAAAAAACCUGCAGCUGCGACCGAAGAUAAGUCAGCGGUGCUGCAGCAGGAUAAAGCCACCCUUCCUGCUGCUCUGAGUCCUAAACCAGUUCCUGUGUUGAGCUGCGCCAGACGGGAGCCAGUGUUACCAUUUCACCAAGGAUACUUGCAGCUCUCUCAGGCUCGGCACAGACCCGAAGAGCAGAACCAAGCCGCCACUCAAUCAGUUCCCAGUAAAAAGGCUGGUGUUGAUGCGAGCCAAGCUGGUGCUGAAGCAGUUCAAACACCGAGUCCUCCUCAAGUCCAAGAAGCUCAAGAGUCCUCUAACACAGAUCAUGACUCUGUAGCGGCUCCAGCUGUCCCAGAAUGCAACAGCGCAGCUUCAGACACCGUCUCCACACCAAACACAGACGACAGUUCUUCACAGGCAUCUUCUGGACUUCAGCCACAGCACCCAGAGAGUCUCUCAGAACCAUCUGUCCAAGUCCCAUCCGUGGCCAAAGACUACAGACGACCAGACGAGCUUUACACCGACCCCUGGGAGAGGCAGCGGAGCUCCGAAGACCGAGACCACGGUAAGCACGGCUACCACAGGGACUCCCACCACGGGAAAAAGAGCCGACACCACGAUAGGGAUUGGGAGAAAAGCGACAAGCACAGGGAGAGGAGCAGACACCAUUCACACUCGGACGAUCGUCACGCCGAGAGGAGGAAAGAGAGGCACCACAAGGACCGCCACCGGCACAGACGGGACUCUGACUACGAGAACGGACGAAGAAGUUCAAAAGACAGUUACUCAUAAUUUUUAUCUUUGGGGUUUUUAAAGACUUUCACUCACAUGGCUGGUAUCUAUUUUAUUUUUCAUACAUACAAAUAUACACACACCAGUCUGUAUCCAGAACACAUAUUUCUCAUAAGUUUCUUUUCUAUUAUUCAGCCAAAGUUAGGUCUUUCAGUAAAAUAAUUCAAAUCCAUACAAUUGUUGUUCAAACCUAGAAAAACUUCAUUUGAAACCUUUUCGACAGAAUUUUUGUAAAAACGGCGCCCACAUCGAGCUUCUGAACUGACCGUUUGAGAUGAGCUCUAAUUUUUAGUCUAAAUGUUUAAAUAUUUAAAUACAAACUGGUUUAAAGCAGCAGCAUUGUCUUUUGUUUUUAGCCUAAAUUGCUUAAAUAUUUUAUAAGCAUAUCUUCGGUUGUGGAAGUUUGUACAUUUUGGCUUGUAAAAUAUGUGUGCCUUUGCACUGUGUGUUUAAUGUACAGUUGGUAAUAAAACUAAUCCUUUUUUUAUUAUCGAUUAUAAA